AUGAGCCCGUCUGAGAUGGGGACGCCGUGGCACCGCUGGUCCCGCGUGCUCAUCGGCCUGGCCGCCCUAUUCUCCGAAGUGACUGAGAGCCGAGGGGUCCUGGAGAGCAUCCAGAGGUUCUCCUUGCUGCCUACCUACCUCCCUGUGACCUACCACAUCAACAACGCCGACGUGUCCUUCUUCCUGAAGGAGGCCAACCAGGACAUCAUGCGCAACUCUAGCCUGCAGUCCCGCGUGGAGUCCUUCCUAAUUUACAGAGCCCAGAGGCUCCCCGUGCUCAGCGCCAGCUACGGGCCCUUCUCCAUCGAGCAGGUGGUGCCUCAGGACCUCCUGCUGCCCUCCAGCCCCUUCGGAGCCACCAGCAAGCUCUCCCUCAACUGGAGGCUGAGGGCGCACAUCCUGCGGGACAAGGUGUACCUGAGCCGGCCCCGGGUGCAGGUGCUCUUCCACCUGCUGGGCCGGGACUGGGCGGCACAGAGCCCCGGCGAGCGGCUGCCCUGCCUGCGGCUGUUCGCCUUCCGGGAGACCCGGGAGGUGCGGGCCGGCUGCCGGCUGCAGGGCGCCCUGGGGCUGUGCGUGGCCGAACUGGAGCUGCUGGCCGCCUGGUUCGGGCCCCCCACCGUGGUGGCCGGGAGGAAGCGGGCGCCCGGGCCGCCCGAGGGGAGCCCCGUGGAGCUCUACUACUCCGUGCAGCCGGGGGAUGCGCGCGGGGACUGUGCGGGCAGCAGCGACGUCAGGAAGGACAACGCCAUCCGGCCCGGGAAGGACGGGCUGGACGAGGCCGUGCCCCACCUGCAGAGGAUCGGCAGCGUCUUCCUCUAUCAGACGGGGGGCAGACCCGCGCUGCGGGAGCUGCGUUUGGACAGCAACGUGGCCAUCCUGUACUCCGCCAGGACAGCGAGGCAAGGCGACGUGCUCACCUUCCUUGUGGCCGUGUCCCGGAACUGCAGCGCGGAUCGCUUCACGCUGAGGAUCAUUCGGGCCCUCCCAGAACAGCCCGGUGGCGGUGGCUGUGGAUCUGUGCUCUGUCCUGAGCCUGGGUUCGCCCCAGAAGUUUGA